CCUAUCUGUUAUUCAUAUAAUCGUUGUUGCUCAUCAUUUCAUCACAAGAUUUAGUUGCGUAUUUUUUCGAAGCUGAUAUUUUGAUUUUUUUUCCUAGAAAUUCUUGCGAUAUAAUUUGAAAAAAUAACAAUGGCUCGACGUGGACGUUCAUCACUAUCAUCAUCACCAACACGAUCAUCGUUUGGUCCAGCUCGGCCAAGUCAACCACGAAUGGCCGCAUCAAGACCAAUGUCACCUCCUGCUCCAUCACAAUCACUUCCAAUGCGGCAACAAUCUGCCGCUGUAGCACCUGCUCAAGCACCAUCACAAGGCCCAGGACUUCUUGGACAAAUGGCCGCAACUGCUGGUGGUGUAGCUAUUGGAUCGGCAGUUGGACAUACCAUUGGUCAUGCAAUUACUGGAUCGGGAGGUGGACAAAGUGCGGAAACACAGGCACCAGCACAAGUUCCAGCUCAAUCACAAUAUGGAUCUGAACAGCAACAACAACAACAAUCACCAUGUCAAUUUGAAUUGAAACAAUUUUUAGAUUGUACACAAAAUUAUGAUCUUACCCUUUGUGAAGGUUUCAAUGAAGCUUUGAAACAAUGUCGUUUGCAAUAUCCAUCAGCACGCAUAUGAUUAUUAUUAGCUUAGAUUAAUACCAAAAAAUAUGUUUAAAAUUUAAAGAAAAUAAAUUCUUAUUGUUUA